CCAACAUACCACCCUCCAACAGUCCCUUCCUCUACAAAGCAACGCAAAGAAAGAGCAAUUAUGGGAAGCAACGGUUCCAGCAACAGAAGGAAGAAAAAGAGAGGGAUCAACAUCGAACGAGUGUUGUUUCCGCUGGUCAUCCUCAUGGCGAUCGGUCUGCUCUUCGUGAACAUCUCGGUCAUGGUCGAACACAGCAACAAAGGGAAACGAAGAGGCAGCGACGAGGCAGAUUCUAGCAUUCGGAAAUCAAGGGGCAUGAGCGAGAGCAAAGAGAAACAGAAACGCGGGAACGGAUCAGAUUCCCAUUCGAAAGAUGUACAGAAAGAUCGAUUGCCUCCACCCGAAACGAAACCCCACGACGAACCGAAACCAAGCAAGCAGGAAACUCCGCAGACCAAAGCUGCGCCCGGGGAGAACAGCGGCGGUGACAUUGACGAACACAUGCUUCGGAUCCUCCGGCACGUAGGAAUCCACAACUCCAGUCAGCUGACGGACCAGGAACUCUCGGCGCUGCCCACCUGGAGCCAGGUCGUGGAAAAGUUUGGAAACAAGGGCCCCGUGAUGCUCGGGCGCGAGACGUGUUCCGAGUAUCGCUCCAGCGUGGACCGGAAGCACCGAAAACUGGGCGUCGCCGGACCCUUCAGUUCGGGAACACAUUAUCUCCACACCAUUCUCAGCAACAAUUGUAAGAGCCUAGAAGAUAAAGGCAGGGUCAUGUUCCAGGUCCCUUGGGGCAAGCACCAAUCCGCCAACUUUCGGCUGGUGCACAACGUCGCCGUGAGCAGCACGCUCAAAAACGACCACAAAAAGAACGAGACCACUGGCAAGCUGGACCACCCACCCCUGGACCCGAAACACCUGAAGGAAAACAAGAGCGUGCUACCGAUCGUUGUUGUGCGGGAUCCGUACAGUUGGUGGCAGUCCAUGUGCAGGGUCCGGUACUCUGCCCAUUGGUUCCACGUUGUACCCGAUCACUGCCCGAACUUUGUUCCGAACGAGGUCGAAAGAGAAUGGUUCAACAAGACCAAGAAGGAAAUCAGAAAACACUACAACAACGACCCGUGGAAGGUCGACAACGUGGUGGACAAGGCCAAUUUUACGCUCGACAAAACCGUUGUUCCGCUCUGGGUCCGAUAUCACUCGGAAAACCGGCAGCACAAGUCCCUGGCGCACAUGUGGGCCGAUUGGUACAACGAUUACUACGAAGCGAACUUCCCCCGGCUCAUGAUCCGACUGGAAGACCUCGUGUUUUAUCCCCACGAGACCCUGAAAAUGGUUUGUGAAUGCGCCAACGACGACGACGACGGCGACGAACAGAAGGCUUCCUUUGAGUACGUCGGCGACGAGAAUCUUGAGCUGUCCCUCGAAUCGGCCAUCAAGGGCAAGGGGGACAAGGUCGACAAUAUUCAUGGAAAGGACCGUACCGGAUUGUUGGGCGCGAUGAAAAAACACGCCGGAAAAUAUUCCGACGAGCACCGGUUGACGGGGAUGACGCCUUCCGACAUGGAGUUUGCAGAGGCCGUGCUAAAAGAAUCGGAUGUCUUUAAGGACCUGGGCUACCAGCGUCCAGUGCGCCCCAGUGCCUAGGCAGACGGAGAUAAACGGAUGGAUUGGAUGCGAUCGGAUCGGAUCUUCCGGCCACUUGUGGUGAUUGAUUCGAUGCAUCCCAAAUAACAGUUCCAUCGGAAUCAAAAAAACGAUCGAAGCAUUUUCAUUUUCGACAAGACUAAAUCAAAUUGCUCAAUUAAAUGUUGAAGGAUUGGAGUACAGAACAAUAGACUGGAGAUUUGUAAAGUUGAGAGACGCGAAUUUCAAUCCGAUGCCAUGAUUUUUUCGACGGAAGGAGCAUUCCUCCAGAAGGACAAUUGGAUAUAAGCUUCUGCGCGAAUGGGUAGAAAACAAUGACUCAUAGCAUUUUUCACCCAUUCAGUUCGAAUCUAGUGAAGUGCAGUACGUACUUCAUUUUAAUACGAUCCAGUGCAGUUUAUCCUGCUGGAAUAGCAGAUCGGGACAGCCAAAAUAUAGAAGAGCCUGUCGUAGUUUUAAACCUCGUAGCAAAUAGAUCUACUAUCGAUUU